CGCCCGGAGGGAGGCUGAGCCCCGGGCGGCGCUGUCCACACGCAGCGGGUCCUGAAAGCGGCUCCGGGGCGGCGCGGUGGCGCACUGUGCGCGCCGAGCAGGCGGAGGGCUAGCGCCGGCGCCGGUGGCGGCAACGCGGGCAAAGCCGACAGCGGCUCCAUCUAGCACCAGCAGUCCCAGAGGCCUUCGUGGAGGGGACCUUCCGCUCUCCCCUCUGUCCCUCGCUGCACGCCUGGGGCAGGCGCGGCGGCCGUCCCGGAAGAGGCAACUGAAAGACAGAACCAGACCCUCGAGAGAGGACAGCGGGACUCGAAGAGUUGGUGGGCGUGAGGCAGAUACUCAGGCGAGGAGGAGACUGUCGCUGUUGUCCCCAUUCCUGGUCCCAGCGAUGGGGGAGCAGCGGGAAACGCGGGAACUUUGAAGACAGCGGGUCCCGGGGUGCGAGGGCAGCAAGCUUCGGAAGACUCCGGGGUUUCAGCCCCAACGUCAGUGGCGGAAGAGUCUGCGAAACCGCCUGGGCCCCAGCACCGCAGAGAGGAAGUUCUUUGCAACUUCGUCCAGAGACGUGGGAGAGCGGGGUGAAGAGAGGCUGAGGUGGCAAGUCCGAGCCCCAGAGACUCAGAGAAGCAGAGAGAGAAAGGAUCCGGUGGAGACCGAGGGGUCGAGGAGAGACUCCACAGGCAGCGAGGCCGCGGAACCAGCCUGGCAGCCUGCGGGCCUCUCUACCCCCUGAGUGAAGCCAAGGGCCGUGAGUCCUGCAGGCCUCCUCAAAGCCGCUCCUACCGGAGGCCAGGGGUUCCUAGCCCUCCCGGAAGCAGACCCCUAUGCUAUGCCCUCGAAGCUGCGGGCGCCUUGGCCGCAGACACCCAGGGCCGGGUCCGGAGCUGCGGCUUGAGUCAGCCCGGGAGGGAAGCCACCAGGAGUUGGGCUCUUCGCUUCCAGCCGGACUGCACUAGCUUGGUUUCGCGCCUCUAGACGCAGCUCUCGGCGAUCUCCGGCAGGGCGGCUCUGAGAGAGACCCCGAAGCUCCAGCAGUGUUUUCUGAGCCCAGUGCCUGGCCUGGCGGCGCGGCUCCCUAGCCGCGCUGGGCAGCCCCUUGGCGCCGGAAGGCGGCGGCGUCGGCCGGCCUGCAGUCUGGAGCGCACCGAUGGAAAUACACUGUAAGCACGACCCGUUUGCAUCCAUGCAUAGACAUGGAGGAGUGAAUCAGCUUGGGGGGGUUUUUGUGAAUGGACGGCCACUUCCGGAUGUAGUCCGCCAAAGGAUAGUGGAACUUGCUCAUCAAGGUGUCAGGCCGUGCGAUAUCUCCAGGCAGCUUCGGGUCAGCCAUGGUUGUGUCAGCAAAAUCCUUGGCAGGUAUUAUGAGACGGGGAGCAUCAAGCCUGGGGUAAUUGGAGGAUCCAAACCAAAGGUUGCCACACCCAAAGUGGUGGAAAAAAUCGCCGAAUAUAAACGCCAAAAUCCCACCAUGUUUGCCUGGGAGAUCAGGGACCGGCUACUGGCAGAACGAGUGUGUGACAAUGACACAGUACCCAGUGUCAGUUCCAUCAACAGGAUCAUCCGGACGAAAGUGCAACAGCCACCCAACCAGCCGGUCCCAGCUUCCAGUCACAGCAUAGUGUCCACGGGCUCCGUGACGCAGGUGUCAUCAGUGAGCACGGACUCAGCUGGCUCCUCGUACUCUAUCAGCGGCAUCCUGGGCAUCACGUCCCCCAGCGCUGACUCCAACAAGCGCAAAAGAGAUGAAGGUAUUCAGGAGUCUCCAGUGCCGAACGGUCACUCGCUGCCAGGCAGAGAUUUCCUCCGGAAGCAGAUGCGGGGAGACCUGUUCACGCAGCAGCAGCUGGAGGUGCUGGACCGUGUGUUUGAGAGGCAGCACUAUUCGGACAUCUUUACCACAACGGAGCCCAUCAAGCCUGAGCAGUGGUGCCCCGUGCUGAUGAGACAAUACUUGGUGCAGCCCCAGGCAGUCCUUUUCCAGACCCCCGAGUAUUCAGCCAUGGCCUCGCUGGCUGGAGGGCUGGAUGACAUGAAGGCCAACCUGACCAGCCCCACCCCUGCUGAUAUCGGGAGCAGUGUGCCGGGGCCGCAGACUUACCCCAUUGUGACAGGUCCUCUGGAACACUCAGGAAGGUGCUUAGAACUUGGCCGUGACUUGGCGAGCACGACCCUCCCCGGGUACCCUCCACACGUCCCCCCCGCCGGACAGGGCAGCUACUCAGCACCGACGCUGACAGGGAUGGUGCCUGGGAGUGAGUUUUCCGGGAGCCCCUACAGCCACCCUCAAUAUCCUUCCUACAACGACUCCUGGAGGUUCCCCAACCCGGGGCUGCUUGGCUCCUCGUACUAUUACAGCGCUGCUGCCCGAGGAGCUGCCCCACCAGCAGCGGCCACUGCCUACGACCGUCACUGACCUUUGGAGCCGGGCAGAAGCCAAGCACUUGUGAUACAUAUCACUGAGGGUGAUAGCCUCCUAAUCCCCUCCAAAGAUAGCCAGAGGGGCCCGACAAGACCACCCCCAGCAACCCCCCGCACCUCCACUCACCUGAAACUCCUCCACCCCACUCCCCCGCCUUUUCCUGCCAGGGACUCUGGGGUUCCAUGGUAGGGCUGCUGGUCCGCUAGGCGCCUGUCCAUUUCCAAGAGUCCAUUGAUGAGCUUCUCCCAACAGUGAUGGGGUCUCCACAAACCAAUAAACUGUUCUGCAGACAACUGCAGCCCCAGCUCAGCCUGCCAGUCCCCCCAGCUGUCUGACCAUCUGCCCGUCUUCCUGCCUCAGGCCUGGGAAGGAGAGCUUGCUAUUGUCAUUACAACAGCACCUGUGUAAAUACCUUUUUGCUUUUUUGUGGGACCCAGGGUCCAGCUGAUCAGACUGUCCACCCGUUAUGCAUUCAACACACCCAAUGUGUCACAGGUUGUCUUACACCUGUGUGCAGAGCAUCCCCUCUGUCCUGGGUGCCCCCAUAGAGUGGGCUUGGAGCUGUCUGUGAGACUGAGGGCGCCCACCUUGGGGGCCCAGCCUCCUGCUCAUCGCUAUUUCUUUAAUAUCUUGACUAGGAGUCUCACUGGGCUGGUUAUGCUCCACUCGUCCCCCCCCCCCGAGACCCCUUCCCAAGAGAAACACACUUUGGGGAGACACCCUGGCUUCCUGCCCCCAUUUCCCUGAGCCCAAUGCAGUUUGAACAGCUCUUUUCUAUACAUAUCAAAAGACUCGAAGAACCGUCUGGGAGAUCCUUCAGCUACUGUUCUAAAGUAAGAUGUUGUCUGAGGUGCUGAUUGCAUUGUGAACUUUGAACAUUAGGGAUGGAUGGGACCCAGGAGAUCAUGGUCCUAGCCAGUACCUGACGCCCCCAGCCCCUGGAACCACUGAUCUAACUGGGAUGUGUUUCCUGAGACGAUCCCAAGGCUCUGAUCACUUUGGACACUCACCAUGGACACUAUCCCCAACUCCAGGACCUCAGUGAGUGGAUUCUGGGCAAGUCUGUCCCCGCCAUGUAGACAGUAAUUAACAAAAAGGACUUUGCACUGAGGACCACACACAUCUGCAGCAGUCAGCCAGAACUUGCUGAUCAGCCCUUCCCUGUCCUUGUGGAGCCUAGCAUGCAGCUGGGAAUGAAGGUGCUUGGGUCGGGGAAGAUGCCUAACUUCUCAUAGUGGGUAUUUGCCUGUUGAUACGAGGGGCCGCAAUGGUCAGGGCCAUGGACAAGGGCCAUGGGAAUUGGGAAAGGGAGUUGGAGUGGUCGGGAAAAGCCACCUGGGAGGAUUUGGAGGACAGAGGAAGGCCUCCUGGGAGAGGGACAGGACAAGCAGUGAGGAACUGGUGGUGAAUGGGGAGUGAUCUUGAGAAGGGAUGCCAGAGGCCACCAUCUCUUUGCCUGGGGCCUCAUUCUUUGCAUAGUCUCUCUUGCCAACUCAGAAUAGCGAGGUAGAGGCUCUGUCCAAAUCUGGGCGAAAUUAUAGCAAUGACAAUGGACUCUGCCAUCUCAUGUGAUAGUAUCCUUGAUGUCUGCAUGUCACCAAGUUGGCAGAGAGCUGGGGCAGAAAGAGCCUGCACUUGAGGUUAUUGGCCUUGAGAGGUCUUGUCCUGGCUACCCCUCUGCAUUGCUGUGGGACCUCAGACAAGACCCUUCACUUCUCUGAGCCUUGGUGGCCUUGGUAAAGCAAGGUCACCUGCAGGGUCACCUAACAGCUGCCUCCUUCCUUCCUCCCUGCUCAGCAGUGGAGGGCCUGAUCCAGCUCCCUAAGGUACACACCUUCCUCGGUAAAUCCCACAUGGCCCCAUGCGUGUCCCUCUCCCCAUGCUCUUCCUCCUCAGCCCCGUGAUGAGCUCCCGCCAUGCCUUUCCUCCCUCCCCUGAGGCUCUGCUGGUCCUCAGAUUGCAUUUGAACUUACUAGACAGCCACUUGAUGACUGGGCUGCCAGGCAGAAGCACAAGAGCACACGAUGCACACACAUGUUCUCACACUCAUCCCUGUUCUCACCCACUGAGUUUCCACGCUGCCCAGUGGAGCUGCCUGGGAUCUUGGAGGGGAGGCUUCCAAAGCACACAAGCUGUUGAUGCCAGAGAAUUCUGAGUAGAAAACACAAGGCCAGGACCUUCACCAGCAUCGUGGCAGGAGGCCUGGGGUGUUUCUCCGUAGGCCUUCAGCCCCAGGUUCUAGCUCUGACAUUUUAAAAAGGACAUGGUGGAUUUUAUGAAAAAUUUUCAUACCAUUAAUCUAGCUCCAAUCUAGAAAAAAAUUGAUGACAUAUCAAACCCAAUAUCUUUUUUCCAAGGCGCCUUAGUUAGGGUUAGAUCUUUCAUAACUGAUGUUCGUAUGGUGCUUUGCAACCCUUAACCAUCCCCUGGGGCAAUCACAAUGCCCAUUUUACAGAUGGGGAAAAUAGAGAUUUGGGGCUCACAGAGCAAGAUAGAGAUGAAGUGAAUUCUUAGAUCUCCAGACCCCAUUCUCUCCACAGAACCAUGCCCCUCUAAUGGGAGAGUAUGACUUAGAGACACCUUUCAACCUAGAAACUGCCCCAGACCCACAAUGAGGAAAGAAAGAAGAUGAAGUCAGAGGCUGGCCUGACGGAGAGCCUGGGGGUCGGUGGCUUUGCUGGUCCAACUUGAUUCUUAUUAACACGGAAACCUGCAAAGUCUGCCCAGUUUUACACCAACGCUUCUGACUUACCCCGACUACUUUCCUGUUGUGCCCUGGAGCUCAGGGGGAUUGGAGCUUGUCUAAUACCACGUCACCAGCCCUGACGGGGCUUGGAUGUGGACCCGGCUCUGACUCCCAGGGUCUAGGGCUCCAGUGUCAUGAGAUGUCCCCUCACUCUUUUCUUUAUCCUUUCUGCUGUGGAUCAGACUUCAAGUCUGGUUGUGACAAUAUGUAGGAGUCCCUGAGUAGGGCCAUCGGGUCAAUGGGGUACCCACAGGCCUGGGACACACAGAUCACAAUCUCAAAAGCCCUGAACUAACUACUUCCCAGGCCAGGCAGGUGAAGUAACAUAGCCAUUCAGGCAGGGCACAAGGCAGUAUGGGUGAUGGGACCCGAGAUCCAAAGAGCGCUUGCCCCCUCCUAUAGCAUUCAAAUGCGAGCUUUUAAAAUGCUCUGUCAGGGGCCCGCCGAGUGGCUCAGUUGGUUAAGAGCUUGCUCAACAGCAACAGCAGUUCGAUUCCCGGCCUGAG